AACUCGAUAGUGGAUAUGCCAUGGCUUUGCUGCCACURGCCUGUGAACCCUUAGAGUAUUUGAACGGUCGCCUUGGCAAAGAAGACAUCCACCAGGACAAGAUCUUAGAGUUGUCCGUCUUUGUCAUCGAUGAAAUCCUCAACAUUUUACUCACUAACCCUGGUCAGUGGCUUCCUGUACUUAGAGAGCAUGCGCUGUUCGCRUCUUUGGUUCAAGCGUUGGAUAUUUGUGUCCGGACAAGAGAAAAGCUGGAGUUUACUGAAGCGGUAUUACAUCUCUUCCUCUCGCUAUCCAGAAUUCCUGUGAGUGCAGAGGCGCUGGCAUUAAAUAAUUUAUCUCAAACGCUGUGUCUUGGGGUGGCAUCGUUGUUUAACAAUGAAAACGAUAGCAAAACGGUCUCAUAUCAACYCAAACCAACGCCCAUCCAAGUAAAUGACAACUCAACCUCCCCUCUCUCAAAGAACUGGACAAACAUCUGGCAUCUGAGUCUCGCUGUGAUGGCCUCCAUGCUGAGAACUUUAAGACACGGGUUUCUUAAAGAGGUUUUUGAUUUCGCUGGAGUUCACCGUGAGAGACUGGCACGAUCAAUGGACAUGGUGCGUUCGUCCCAGUCUCCUAGUACUCUUGCGGAAGCGGAAGGGGUCACGGCGUUUUUGUUUGAGCUUGGRCACUACUCAAAGGAAUGGAGGUUUAAUUUACUGGAUGUGUUGGAGAUGCUUCAGGGUCGCAUUGGUGUCUUAUGUCAAUCUUGUAUUGCUUUGCUUACUCACCCAAGACUACUGGCUCAUCUUUUAGAGAUGUCUACUGGAAAUCCUCUACAAAAGGGAUCCCAACCAUUGGCUGAUUUAAGUCAAACUCUGAGUAGUUCAUUCUCAGCGCGCGAACUACUAAGGACGUACUCGUAUGCCGAUGAAGAAUCGUUUAGGAAUAAUCCGGUGGUGUCGACGACUCAAUCAAAACUGUUAAAGAUCUUAUGCAACUCGUUAGCGAUGUUACGGCAGUUUACUCCAGACAUCUGUGAAAUUCUACUCGAUGAGGGAAUGGACAUAGAUGAGUAUGUGCCCCUAGCUACGUUAGGAUUUAGUUCCCCUGCUAUUGAUCAUGAGGAACCUCUUUCCUUUGGUACAUUACUGGCUUGUUUGAAUAUGUGCCUUACAAACCUUAGUCCAGGGGGGGAUGCACGCUCACCAGUUAAGUCUCCUGUCAGGACUUUAUCAGAAACAUUACCAAGGUAAGAAACCUGGUUGAUUGGUUG